GGAUAACGAUGUUUACUUACAUCGGGAGGUACGUGCAGCCAGUGGUGAUCUAUCUUACUAUGAAAGCGACAUUGAGAUAAGUUUCUCUGAUCCUACUCUGGAAGCAGAAAUCAGACGUUCUUUGGGGAAUCUAGAUAUAUAUACCCCACUCCUGGCUACAACUACAGUAAUAGAUGAGGACCUUUCUCCAGUUUGUAAUCUAAAUGAAUCACAAGCAAACUGUUCCUGUCCUAAGGAUUACGACUGUCUUGGAACACCAGGACCAUGUACCGAUACAGGCUGCAUAUGUAUCACCAACCUUCCACUGCAAAAAUACUGCAAUUCAAAGACAAGAACAUCACCAUUAAUUUCUCCGAGCCCCCUUUUCCAGGGAGAUACGGUAACAAUUGAUUGUCUGUUUAGAGAACGCGGCAACAUUUCCUGGUAUCACAACUCCGUAAAAAUUCCAAAUGUUCAAAAAUAUAACACCUCUUCCAACUGGCAAGGCACAAUGGUGCUAUAUACGCUGACAAUGAUUGAUUUAACUGAUUCCGAUCAAGGAAAUUACACCUGCUCUCUUAACGCUAACGGAACACUGCAAGCUCAAAGCAUAAACCUUAAAGAUAUCAAGACCCUACAGAUCAGCUCAUAUCCAGAUACCAGGGACUCAUUCAGCGAUGACGGUGAAUUUAACCUGACCUGUUGUAGUCCUGAUAUUGGGGAAUUUAAUGUAACAUGGACGACGAUCGGACCUGCAGGAGGUACAGGGAACCCAACAAGUAACACAACAUGCAGCAUAUACAGUGUGACCCCCAGUCCCAUGGAAUUCCUCUCAUCGGUCACCAGCUAUACGUGUAACUUUCAGCGAAAUAAAGGGGCAACAAUUUCAAAGACAAUAAAAGUGACCUACUAUAAAAAAGCUAAUAUCACAAUACCAUCAUCCUUAAAAAUUUCGACAAGAAAAAAUCUUACUGUGAAUUGCAAGACGAAUAUGAAUGUUACUAAGAUCAUAUGGACGAAAGACAACAACACUGUGGCUAACAGUGGACUUUUACAGAAGAAUGGGGUAACCCCUUCUUGGGCUGGAACCUACCUUUGUGUCGUCUACCAGGGCAGCCUAAGUACAAACGCCAGUCUCACUGUGAUUAUCAUACCUUUGCCUCUAACAGAAGAAAUAACAGUUUACCCUCUGCAAACAUAUCUGACGUGUAAAAACACAGCACUGGUAAACUUAACAUGCUGUGUAAAUGACACUGGCUACACUCGAAAUUUCACAAUUGGUUCUGCACCAAUACAUGAUAAGAAUUGUUCUUCCAGCAACAUAAACUUUGAUUGUAAUACUAAAACACCGGUCAGUGUCUCUUGUGUGGUUUUCAACAGCCAGAACGAUAAUGUCACUAGCAAAGAAAUGACCAUCAGCUAUGUUCAAGCUACUGCAAGUCAACAAAACUGCAAGGCGCAAAAUGGACUUUCCGAAACUCCCAGCGGUAUAACAAAUGUUGUUCUUUGUCAGACGUUUGAUGCAACAUUGCUGGGCGAAAAAACCUUCAUCUGCAAUGAUGGAAGCUGGUCAGUGCUGAAUGAUGACUGCUAUUCUGCAAAGAUUUCCCAGGAACUGGAGAAUGUGAAGGACGUGGUCAAUGGCCCUAAGUUACUGCAGGACUUCCCAAAAUUACUUGAAAAUAUCACCGUUAUAGCCAAGAACGAGGAAAAAAAUAUUCAGAACUCUUCAAAAACAUUAGAGUUGAUGGUCCGGAUCAUAUCGAUAUUGGCAAACACGACAAUUCCAGUUGACCAGCCGAUGAUGCAGAACAUUAUCACAACAGUUGAUAUUAUGGUGGACAAGCCCAGCGUUUGGAAUAGGGUGGCCAAUCAAAGUGUGACCCUUCUAAAUGAUGUAGAGACUUUUGCAAAAAAUCUAAACUUCAAUGGCAAUAUCAGCUUUCAAAAUAAAUCCAAAAACAAUAACAUUCAGCUUUUUGGACAAACCAUAGACAAAGCCACUGACUACAAUGGGAGUUUUUCCUUGCUAAAUUUAACAGGCAAUGUGUUUAUCGAUUUGAGCAAAUGGCCGCAAAACGCUAGCAAGGUGAUCACUGUCACUUACGGUACGAUUAAGGACAUUUUGGCAAAGCCAGUGAAUACACCAAAGGUUGUCAAUGGGCUGGUUAUGUCGACAGUUAUUGAUUCGAACUCCACAGUUAAAAUAAGUAUGUCCUUUUCUAAGAGUAAUACGUCUUUGGUGAACCCAGAAUGCGUCUGGUAUGACUUGGUGCGGGAUGUUUGGAAUAGCAGCGGCUGUAGCACCACAGAAGAAAAUGGUCUGAUAUUAUGCUCAUGUAACCACUUGACUUCCUUCUCAAUCCUUAUGGGACCAGUGAAAAAUAAAUUUUUGGACAUAAUUAGUUACAUUGGAGUCGGAAUAUCUCUUCUCUGCUUGGUGGUCACUCUGCUUAUCGAGGCCUUAGUGUGGGCCUCAGUUAUCAAAAACAAGACCUCCUACAUACGUCACGUCUGCCUGGUGAAUAUUGCCAUUGCGCUUCUGGUAGCUGAUAUCUGGUUUAUCAUUGGAGCGGCACUAGAGAACAAUAAAGGAUCAGCUGCCUGCAAAGCCGCUGCCUUCUUUAGCUUCUUCUUCUACUUGUCUUUGUUUUUCUGGAUGCUGACCACAGGACUUAUUCUUUUUUAUCGCAUGGUUUACAUCUUGCAUGACAUGAGUAGGAAGACCAUGAUGAUCAUAGCUUUUUUGUUGGGCUACGGAUGUCCUCUUCUGAUAACCAUUAUCACCGUGGCUUCAACGGAACCCAGAGGUACAUUUAUAAGCAGCAAUUUGUGUUGGCUUGACUAUGGCUCCAAGACCUUCCUUGCCUUCGUGGUACCCGCUUUAUCUAUUGUGUUUAUCAAUAUAUUGAUCUUGAUAGUGGUCAUCUUCAAGUUGAUGAGACCUACUGUUGGAGAAAAACCUGGGAGAGAGGACAGGAAAACGGUGAUUGUAAUUGCUAAAACGAUGGCAGUCCUCAAUCCUCUUCUAGGAACCACAUGGGGAUUCGGGCUCGGACUUUUAUUUGAUCCCACAAAUUUGGUGAUCCAUGGUAUAUUUGCAGCACUCAACUCUUUUCAGGGUUUAUUUAUUUUGAUAUCAACUGUGCUGCUGGACCAAAAGGUACGGAAGGCGGUACGUAGCAGCAUAUCUUCUUCCUACUGGAGAACGCUCAGGUCCAGGGUGCAGACAACGUCUACAGAUUCCUCAGAACAAUCAAGGUCAAGGUCAAAGCCAAGGAAAAACCACGCUCGGAAAAAGCUUUAUGGCAAAAAGGCUGCCUACGAUUUGUUCGCAGCUGCAGAUUCAAGUGAAACUACAGGAAGUUCAUAUUCAGCGCUCCCAUAAGAAAUGGCUGUACAGUGUGACGUUAUAAGGACGGGACAUGGAAUCUUUUUGCAUUCAAGCAACCAAAAGUUUUUCAAUCUUAUAAUAUGCGGAAGUCAUCUAAACUGAUAAACUUUGUGAUUAAAUUGUAUAAAUUGGUGUAUUUAAGCUGUUUUGGGCAAAGGGCUGUUAAUAUGCCAGUAUGUAAAAAAAAAAAAUGGUAUCAGUAUUUUCCCAGGAGCUCUUCUUUUUACGUGUUUUUGAUGCGCUUUGGCCAAAAAAGAGCAUAAAAAAUGCACAUGCAAAAACGGAUCAAAAGCAAACUGCAUAGGUGAGAACCAGGCCUUAACCACUUGCCGAGCGGCUCACGACGACAUACGUCGUCAAAAUGGCACGGGUGCGCAAAACGUUGAUUUCUUCAGGUGGCCCACGAUUGUGGCACGGAGAGGCAGAACAGGGAGGUGCCUAUGUGAACAAGGCAUUUCCAUGUUUUGCCUAGCAACAUGACAGGUAUCUACUGCUCCCAGUCAUCUGAAGCAGUGAUCUCUGUUGUGUUCUAGUGAGCCCAUCAACCCUACAGUUAGAACACGCUCAGGGAACACAUUUAACCCCUUGAUCGCCCCCCUAGUGUUUAAACUUUAACCCCUUC